AGUUCGGUUUUUGCUUUCGUCGUGUCCACACGCACCUUGGUGUCGCCGUCGGAUCCGUUUAAGGUCGGUGUCAGUGUAUAGGUGUACUUUUUCCCUUCCUUGGUUUUUUGACUGUGCGAAUGCCAGCGGAGAACGAAUUCAAGCAGAAGCAUCAAUAGGAGCGCAAAAUUGCUGAAUCCAGGAGAUAAGGCGAAAUAGAAAAAAAACCGACGGGAUGGCUUGAGUUUUGCUGACCCGUAGUGAAACAUUUGCACAAGUGUAAAAGUUAGCGUAAAAGGUAUUUUAUCAGGAGCAGAUACAUUCAUCCGUGCGGGAGAGGGUGGUGCGAAAUAUUCUCAUCAAUGCGAACAAAGCUGCACGAAAACGCGCACCCACUGCCUCGAGUGAGGUUUUCCGUUCAGGAUUACAAGGCAAUGUGCACUGCAAAGGGAGUUGCAUGUCGCCAGAUAACGAAUCGUGCGGAAUAUCAGUGCAAUGAUGAGUGAAACGCCAAAGGAGUAGCGAUUUCUGAUAAACAUCCACGUAUUGUAUCCCUAGAAUAAUGGUGUAUUUUUUGUAAUCGCAUAUUUCGCAACGUUCACUUUGUGUGCAUUGGUGGCGAAAGAAGUUGUGUCAGCAGUCCCCAAAUAACAAUAGCGAGGAUAACAAGGAAGCUUCAGCGAUGAAUGUGAUUUUAUUUAUAGUCUAGUUGCGAAUUUUAGACGCGAAAGAAAAUCGAGAUGAUGAUGGUUAGCAUACAGUUUUAAAAAUAGUGUAGUGAAGCAAGAAAGAAACCAAGAAAAAAAAAUCAAUCUUCACACGGAGAUGUAUGUGUAAUUGAUACCUAGUGUUGGUGAAACUUGCACAUCAAAUAGUGGACAAAUAUGUGAAACAAUCGAAUCUUGAUUGCAACGGACCUAAAUGUGUGAUUGUUUAUCGGUGACAAUGUGGAUCCUGCUUUCCUGAGCAAAGGCGAUACCACCGAGGAGUGUUAGGUUUUCUUCACUUCUGCUGGCCUGUGAAGCAACUGCGAAAAUUAUUCGUUGUUACGUAAUGCGAGUGCUUCUGCAGCAGAGCAAACCCAACCAGGCGGCUGGCAAGUGAGUGAGGAUUCUUCACUCGAUCCGGAGAACACGUUCAGCGGCGGAUACCACGAAUCGAUAGAAAUCACGGAUAUUUCCUUCAAGUUCACGACCUCGUUCAUUAAGCAAGCAGCUGUUUGAUGUGUUUAUAGAUUUUACAAGCAAGUGGAAUACAACUGCGCGAUAUAUUCUCCUCAUAUAAGGAAGGAGCAAAAGUGUGCAUCUGUAAAGUGGUAGUAUUCUCCACCGCUUUUUGUAACAAACGAAUCAAGCUUGUGGUGCUUCUAGCUCGCAGAAAACAUAAAACACAAACAAUCUCGCAAGCUGGCUGCUCUCGCUGAUUACUUCGGAGAUAUUUUCCUUUCAUUAACCAAAAAGAAAAAUACUACCAUAAAAAUCAAGCAAAAGAAAAGCAAACGAACGCAGAACAUGAGUACAGGUUCCGCACAAGUCGCUGUCGUAUUACCAAGCCACAACAACAAUAACGUCAAUAAUAAUAAUAAAAAUAAUAUAAAUAACAACAAUAACAAUAGUAAAAACAGCAACAUCAUCGGCACAUCAUCCGUCACCGCCAGCACGAUCCCAACAGCACCAUCGCUCUCCUCCGGCACUUUUUACCCGCCUGGCCAUACCUGCCCACAAAAGGCAACGCCAUCAUCACAACAGUCAUCGUUAUCACAGUCACCACCGUCGUCUGCGUUGCCUCCAGCGGUACAUUCACCACCAACCCACGCACCCACGCCGGUGACGAUCUCGUCCAGUCAUAGUCAUCAUAUUUGCACUAGCCAUAGCAGUAGUACCGCUGGCAGCAACAACAGUAUGGCAACCGUAGCAACGGCUGGGCCAGCCACAAUGCCACCAACGGCAGCACUAGACCCUACAUCAUCAUCACCAUCGCCUGCAGCACUAGCGGCAGCAACAGCAGCAGCAGCAGCUUCAACCGUGAGCACCACCACCGUUGCAGCGCUCCAAAAGGAGCAGCUACCCUCGGAGCCAACGACACAGGAUUCACUGAACCGUCAGAAUAGCCUCGGCGGGAGACAACGGACUCUUGGAGGCAAAGGCAAGCAUUUAACUCGAAGUCACGCCAUGCGUGAGUCAACAUCCCCUCCCCGAACGCCGACACCGCGAUCUCCGUCGGAUCAGCAUAACAGCAGCAACAAUAGUGGCAACGGUAGCAGCUCGCUUAAUUACCAACACACACUCUCUGUCAGCGCGACAUCCGAAACGACAUCAUCAAAUGGUGGCAGCAAUGCACACUCGCCAAUUUCGGACACUCGAACGUUUAGCCACAGCAACAUUAAUAAUAACAACGAUAAUGAGUACAGUAGCAAGCAGCCGAGCAACAGCUCACCGAAUAUCGUUGUAUAUGGGGGUGACGAGAGGGGAGGAAAGAGUCAGCUGGAUUUAGAUUUCCCCAAACUUACGCCACCCAAAUCGUCGUUCAUCUCGAACUCCGCAGGCAACGGCAGCAGUAGUAACAGUAGUGGAAAGAAUAGCAAUGGUAGUAGGACUAAUAACAACAACAGUAAUGCUAAAAGUGAUUCAGAUAAAGCCGAGCAGCAACAUGGUGGCCGGAAUGUCAAGAACGAGGAACCAAGCAGCGGUAGCAAUAAUUAUGAGCUGAAGGAACCGAAACAGGGUGGACCACUUCUGGAUUGCGCGGAUCAAUCACCUAAAUCCAGUCUGUCCGUUUCAAUUGCCGGAACCCCUGCCAAUGUCGCCACCAUUACAGCAUCUUCGACGCCAGUAUCAUCAAAUCAUAACUAUUGUGAUAAUGAGAACCGUAAUCCACGUGAGGUUAAUUUUAGUGCUAAUAAUAAUAAUAAUGAUUCUAACAAUCAGAUGAAUAUUCAAUUUUCACAUGAGGAAAAUCGAUAUAUACAAUGUGAAAGUCCUACUGAUAGCCUUAUAAGAAAUAAUAGUAGCUCUAAUAGUAAUCUUAAUAGUAGUGCUCAUAAUAAUAAAAAGCACCGUGCGGGCGGAGCAGGACUCGGUGGGGGCGGUGGUGGUAAUGCGGCGGGCAAGGGCAAUAAACCUCGGCUUAAAAACAUGAGCGGAUCUUCGUCCAGCGCCGACGGUGGAUCGAUUAACGGCGGGGGUGGUGGAGCUAACUCAUGUUUCCUCUCUCAUGACAACUCCUGUGAACAGUUCACCGAUCAAAGUGGCGUCAAUCUUAUCCAGUUUUUCAAGGAAACGCUGAACAAAAACUUCAAGGACCGCAACAUGCUGAUGAAGAUCGAAAAGGAACUGAUAAGUUUGGCGGUGGACUGCGAACGCAACCAGAUGAAGUUUCCGCCAAUGUCUUCCUACAACCGGAUGCUGAUCCAUCGAGUGGCCGCCUACUUCGGGAUGGAGCACAAUGUGGACGCCAGCCAGCAGAGUGUGAUCGCGGAAGUCACGCCGGCCACGCGGAUACCCGAGAUCCGCUUCAAGACGCUGAUCAACGACAGUUUUUCCGAGGAGCCGAGGAAAUCGAUUCUGAAACGGGAUACCCACAGUUUCGACGAGUACCGUUAUGGUUUACUGCACUGUCCCGAUCGAGGUGUUCUCGAUCGGAAGGCGAAAAGUUUCGAAGAGCGUGAAGAAGAGUACGAUAAGGCUAGGCGGAGGAUAUUCAAGCCACGAGAGGAAGGUGGCUCCGAGGAGCAAUGGCAAUGGUUGUCAGCCGAAAACGCUGAACCAAUCAACAACGGACGACCUAAACUGCAAAACAAUCGGUUAUUAAAAGUACAAUCAGUGUCGAUUGAGGGCCGCUCGGAUGAACGUCCUUGUGUGUCCAAGUCGCACAGUUUCGGUGGCUAUGGAGGUUCUUCCCCGAAUGCACCUCUACUGCGUGGUGACUCUAUUACUUCCACCAAGAGUGCAGGAGGACGGCUGUUCAGUAAACAGGACUCAAAUGCAAGUACUAACACACCCUGGCGAUUGUCUCCAUCCAGCAGUGGAAGUUACUUCACUUUUAGCUAUAAAACUCAAUCCAUCCGAUCGGAUUCGGUGACGCCAUCGCCUACCGGAUACGGAAGUGGCGACCACACGCCGGAACCUUGCGUACAAUCACCCUCAUCGACUUGUGGGGUAGUGUGGGCAGUGACUGACAUGGCCAGCGUGCCGAAAGGAAGCGUCCUGAUCGAUCCUCAAACUCUGCAGCCGAUUGUCAAUCAGGAUGGCUCCAUCUAUCAUUUUGACCCAUCCAACCUGCCGACAACGGCUAACCUGCCAGGCACCAUAACCAGAGCACAGAAGAAAAAGUUGGAGAAGCAUAAAUUAUGCAACAGUCGGAACAAUUUAAACAGCAGCAGCUCUCUCGAAAGCUCGAUAGACACGCCACUUGGUAAGAAUGAUUGUGGCCAGCAGACUUCGACCACAACCACAAUUGCCGAGGAAGUCGGAAACGAAGUCAGCUACGACAACUCGAGUACAGUCAAAAUAAGCACCAAAGAUAAUCAAUACAUUGAUGAAAAUUCUAGUCUAUGUGAAGAAAUCUCCCAGACGAGUAACGAACUCGGUACACUGAAGCUUCAAAAGCAUCAAGCAACUAGUCCCAUGCUGCAGGCCAGCGAGUUGCAGCCACUGGAGCUGAAUGAGAUUCAGCUGAACGCAAAUCAUGACGACCACGGGUCUCUAGCAGAAACAACCACACCUGUACUGGCCGAUUCGGAAACAAGCGGAGCUUUGAUGGUAGCACCAGCAGGUGGCGGUGGAGACAAUGUAAAAUCCAACGUCCAAACCGAACAGCACCAUCAUCAUCAUCAUCAUCAUCAGUUGACAGAUGACAGUAAUGAUGCUAGCAGUGAUAACUCUCAGGAAGCGGGUAAAAAAGAAGACACAAAACAAAUGAAUGUUGUGCAGACAGUUCCUUUGAUCAGUUACUCCAAUUCGGUAACGCCCAACAGUAAUUAUACUGUGAAUUAUGAUCCUGGCAGCGGUACGCCAGGAGCUGGUACAGCUAUCUAUGCCUCGAGCACACCUGGAAUGUCGACCACAUAUCAGACAGCGCCCGACGGCACCAUCUAUGCUGUACCUUCUCCUCUCGUGUAUACAUAUCCUUCAGCAAUGGACACCGACAUGUCCGGUUAUUUCGUUCCUGUUUAUGACCAGCAACGCGAUGCAAAUCUAUGCACCGCCACAGGAGCUUCUAUCUAUCCCACGACGGCGGGAGCGGCUUCUACAGUAUUACCUAUUGCAUACACACCCACAGCGGCUUAUAGUGGAGCCCCACUCUAUCAAAAUCCCACAGCAGUUAUGUAUUCUUCAGAACAAUUCCCUUCUGCCGCGCAAGCAACAGCGGCUGCUACAGCCGGCCAAUUACCGCAGUAUCCGAUCGGUUAUCCAAUCGGGAUUGGUUACCCGUUUAACAGCACAGCAUACCAAAACUACUGGAAUCAACCAAUUACUUAUUACGUCCCUCAGACUCCAAUUCCAUCGGCUGGUAGCGCACCAAUUCUGAUGCCUCCUCCAGUUUCACAAACACCUGCCAAUGGCGGCUUGAUGGGAGCGGCAUCAACCCCGAUUUCCUGUAACACCGGAAAGCGCAACACAACACCUCCAGGACAUGGUCAACAAACGCAAGCGCAAAAUCAAAGCACCUCGGGGACGCCUGUUCCGAUCUCUCCAUUCGCAACCAAUCUUCCGGUUCCGCUACCAGACCCCGCUGCAGGUCAUAUGUAUGCUAUUCCUCAACCUAUUUAUUCCAACAUGCUUCCAUUCGGAGGUCCAAUGACACCCCAUCCUCAUCAUACGGCGACGGGCGGAACGAUUGUGAACCCACUACUUCCCACUGCCACUGCAGCUGCCAGCACUGGUUACCAUCCGCAUUCGCAAUCUAGUCAUGGCAACCCGGAAUCGAACACGGGCCCAACCAAUAAUGCGCCAACACCUCAGUCUACUCCAAGCACGCCGCUAUCGUUGCCUCUAUCCUUACCUCCUCAUGCCAAAAACACACCCCUCUUCGCUACGCCUCCAAUGCUUCCCAACGGUUACACUACUAUUGGUGGUGGUGCUGGACAUCAUCACUAUAACAACGCCAACGCAUACGAAGAACGGAAAGGCAACAACAACGGAUCCAACAAUGGAUACCAAGGAAAAAGAUCAAAUCCGAACAGUGGCAAUUACUUCAGCUACAGCAACAACAACAGUCGCCAGAUGACGCCUAACAGCAGUGCUAGUGGCUACCAGGGCAACAACAACGGUGGAUCGCAGAACCAACACAACACUGGGAGUAAUGGUCCGAAAAACUCGAGCUACGCGAACACUAGUAAUACAGGGAACAAUCAAAACUCUAACAAUAACGGAAAUGGUGCGCUGAUGCUAGGGCAACCUCCGAAAGGACAACCACGCCCAGACGGCCAAACAAAUAGCGUGACCAAGCCACCACUUAUACCAACAUUACCAAAUAGUAAUAGUAACACUAGCAGUAACACAAACCCUAGCGAUAAGACACGCAUCAACCGUUCAUCCAAGCCACCAAAUCUAGACCUAAAGAGAAAUUUCAACAAUUUUAACGUCAACAGUAGAAACACACCGAGCACAAACUCAACGGAAAGCAACAAUUCACCAAACAGUAUUACAUCGUCAUCGGUAAAUGAUCAGCAACAGUACCAGACACAGCACUACCAGACGCACCCGCAUCCAUACCAUCAGCAGUCUCACGGUGGCGGAGGAUCGAAUCAACCGCAUCAUCUGUACUAUCCGCCCCAGCACCAGCACCAGCAGCAACAGCAGCCACCGUACUACACCCAUCGGGGCGGUAGUGUUGGAAGCAACAACGGGGGCUCCAACGCGUCCGGUAACGGCGGUAAUCACGCACAUCAGCAGACGGCGAAUGCUGCUGCAGCUACUGCGGCGGCCGCUGCAGCUGCGGCUGCCCACACCAUGCCAUCCAGCGCCAUCCAUUCGGCGGCGGCAGUUGCUGCGGCUGCGUGUGCCGCUGCCAUCGAACCGUACCACUCUCAGCUGAUUCCGUUGAACGCUGCCGGGAUGUCCUACGUCAAGAUCGGACAAACGUAUUUUACACAUCCCUCUUUGACGCUACCACCAAGCCGCCGGUCGCCACCAAAUGAUAUUCGUCCAAUCGCAGGUGUUUACCCAACAAUGAACAUGAUGAUGCCUGCGUCAAGACAGUUCACGCCACGACCUCAGCACAGCAGUAGCUUUAACAAAGGCAGUAAGGCGCCUAGAUAAACGCUUCCUAGAUGAAAGACUUCUGAUGACAGACACACGACAGACAGUUCACGGAGCCGAGAAACCCAUAGGUGAAUGCAGUAAGUGCACUAUUUAAGCCAUCUAAUCAGUAAUGAUUAGGAUCACUCACACAAAGAACAAAAAAAAAAGAGUUCAACAAAGCAGAUUACAACCAACACAAAAUAUAUAUGCAUAGUAACGAGAACAUUUCCCCUCCCGAAGAACCAGAGAUCGUUUUAAUAUAAGACAUUUUAAGUGUAACAUGCGAGAGCAGAAUCGAUUUCAAAGACACACACACACUCACACAAUUGAUCAAGGAAUGAGGUAAACCAAUAAGCAGAGUUACGUGACUUCUUCGGUACUUUCGUCGAUAAACUACCGCGCAGAGACAACGACAGCAGUAUCGAGGGGGUUAAGAGGCGAAAAAAACAUGAAACGAUCACCCGUGAAAAAUGCCAUUUAUUUUAUUAUCAAUUAAAAUUAUUAAUAUAUACAUAUAUGAAUAUUACUUUAAUAACUAUGAAGCAAAAUCAAUUUACAACUGAUACAACAACAACAACUAGAGUGAAAUGCGAAUGAACUAGGAAACGCUCUACCAGUGAUUCAAUCAACGCUAUGCAGAUUAUUUAUAACAAAAAAUACUUUUUAAACGCGGAAUGUGGUACUCAAACACAGAGAGGAAGGCGAUGUAAAGCACAAAAUCCUGAAACAGUGAUCAACAGACAAAAAAUAUGCGGAAACUAUAGGCAAUAGUGGUAGGAGAAUGGAGAACAACAAUUGUUGAGCGUUGAAUGAUGGAAGCAAAACUGCCGCCCAUUUCUUUGGUUGAAAUAGUGUAAAAGUCGAAACAGCGGACAGAGUAGACAGCGCAAGUCAUGUGGCCCCCCAAGAUACAUACAAAUUUAUCUACCAUUAUCGCGAAUCCAUAUGGAGGUGAGUGAAGUAAGAUAGCUCUCCAACCUAGAGAACUUAUAUUGUGCUACAUCAUCAUUAUUAGUAGAGAGUAUCCCGAUCUAAUCGUUUACAAAUUUACAUAAAAUUUAUUUAUGUAAUAAUGCCAGCAGAGCGUCGUCUCGUGGGGUGAAAUAGUAGCAAAAACAAACGAUUAUUUAUUCAUAAAACAAAUGAACUCUACGCAUCAAACCAAACUAUAUGACUCACAUUAUAUUGAGAAAUAAACUAAAUACAAUUGUUAAA